AUGGUUGGCCUAGGGCCGAGUGAUCAAGGACGUGAUUCCUUUGAUGUGUGUAUGGUGGCACGUGAAAUUACACCGAGUGCGGUCGGCCGUGAGAGCACCGUACUGAAUGUCGGUAAUGACAUUGUUGGCGAUACGCCGUAUAGAGUGGACGGCCGUGAGGUCACCACGCUUAACGCCGGUAAUGACGUUGUUGGCGAUUCGCCAUGUUGUGUGGGCGGCCGUGAGGGCACCACACCUAAUGUCAGUAAUGAUAUUGUUGGCGAUACGCCGUAUAGAGUGGACGGCCGUGAGGGCACCACGCUUAACGCCGGUAAUGGCGUUGUUGGCGAUUCGCCAUAUGGUGUGGGCGGCCGUGAGGGCACCACACCUAAUGUCCCCACACCUAUGUAA